AAAGACAACGACCUACACUGGUACCCCGACAAGGGCGACUUCUCCCACCCCACCAAGAUGCCUUCUCAGAACCCGCACAACGAUAGGCCACGGAACCCAAAACGUACCAAGAGCUGUCGUCCCGAGUCGUCUGAGCACCGUCAUGUGCGGUUUGAGCACAAACACGAAUGCCGGGAAAAUGAGCGUGAAGCUUUGCUAAGCGGAAGACUGACCCCGCCUCCUGGUGCUGGACCUAACUGGGCAAAGAAUCGGGUAGCGACUCUAGAAAAGUACGCGAAGAGGACAAAGAGACGACACAAGAAAUAUGAGAAGCGUAUGCGUAAGGCGGCAGAGGCAGGACAGGCUUCA